CCGGCGCCGGGGGCGGACUCGCGCGCCGGGGCCGGGGCCGGGUCUGGCCGGGCCGGGCUGGGCCGGGCCGGGCUGGGCAGCGCCGGGCAGCGCCCGGGAGGCCGCAAGAUGGCGGAGCUGGGCGAGAUCAAGCACAUGGUGAUGAGCUUCCGGGUGUCUGAGCUUCAGGUGCUCCUGGGCUUCGCUGGCCGCAACAAGAGCGGGCGCAAGCACGAGCUGCUGGCCAAGGCCCUGCACCUGCUCAGGCCCAGCGCUGCGCCCGGUGUCCAGAUGAAGAUCAAGGAGCUCUACCGCCGCCGCUUCCCCCGCAAGAACCUGGGGCCCACCGACCUCUCCCUGCUGGCCCUGCCCCCCGGGACGCCCAGCGGCUCCCCAGGGCCUCUGGCACCCCUGGCCCCAGCCCUCCUGGCCCCUGGGUCCCUGCUGGGCCCCAAGCGGGAAGCGGAUCUGCAUCCCCCGCUGGCGCAGCCUGUGCACCCUGAUGUCACCAUGAAGCCCCUGCCAUUCUAUGAGGUCUAUGGGGAGCUCAUCCGGCCCACCACCCUCGCGUCCGCCUCUGGCCAGCGCUUCGAGGAGGCACAUUUUACCUUUGCGCUUACGCCUCAGCAGGUGCAGCAGAUCCUCACGUCCAGAGAGGUUCUGCCGGGGGCCAAGUGUGACUAUACCAUACAGGUGCAGCUGAGGUUCUGUCUCUGUGAAACCAGCUGCCCCCAGGAGGACUAUUUCCCCCCCAAUCUCUUCGUCAAGGUCAAUGGGAAGCUGUGUCCCCUGCCGGGCUACCUCCCUCCCACCAAGAACGGGGCUGAACCCAAGAGGCCCAGCCGCCCCAUCAACCUCACACCCCUGGCCCGGCUCUCGGCCACUGUCCCCAACAGCAUCGUGGUCAACUGGUCAUCUGAGUUUGGACGGAAUUACUCCUUGUCUGUGUACCUGGUGAGGCAGCUGACGGCGGGGACACUGCUCCAGAAACUGAGAGCAAAGGGCAUCCGGAACCCAGACCACUCCAGGGCACUGAUCAAGGAGAAGCUGACUGCUGACCCUGACAGCGAGGUGGCCACUACCAGCCUCCGCGUGUCGCUCAUGUGCCCGCUGGGGAAGAUGCGCCUGACUGUGCCUUGCCGCGCCCUCACCUGCGCCCACCUGCAGAGCUUCGAUGCUGCCCUCUAUCUGCAGAUGAAUGAGAAGAAGCCCACGUGGACGUGUCCAGUGUGUGAUAAGAAGGCGCCCUACGAGUCUCUGAUCAUCGAUGGUUUAUUCAUGGAGAUUCUUAACUCCUGCUCGGACUGUGAUGAGAUUCAGUUCAUGGAAGAUGGAUCCUGGUGUCCAAUGAAACCCAAGAAAGAGGCGUCUGAGGUUUGCCCCCCGUCAGGGUAUGGGCUGGAUGGCCUCCAGUACAGCCCUGUGCAAGAGACCAGCCCCGUGGAGAGUAAGAAGAAGAUUGAGGUCAUUGACCUGACCAUAGAGAGCUCAUCCGAUGAGGAGGACCUGCCUCCUGCCAAGAAGCCCUGUACCAGUGUCUCGAUGGCCCUCCCAGCCCUGCCUGGGAGCAAGGGGGUCCUGACGUCCACUCAGCAGGCACCGUCCGUGCUGCGGAGCCCCGCUGUGGGCACGCUGGGUGGGGACUUCCUGUCUGCACUUCCGCUGCAGGAGUACCCUCCUGCCUUCCCCCUGGGCGCUGAAAUCCAAGGCUUAGAUUUAUUUUCUUUUCUUCAGACCGAGAGUCAGCACUAUGGCCCCUCUGUCAUCACCUCCAUCGAUGAGCAAGAUGCCCUUGGACACUUCUUCCAGUUCCGAGGGACCCCAUCCCACUUUCUGGGCCCUCUGGCCCCUGCGUUGGGGAGCUCACACCGCAGUGCCGCACCUGCGCCCCCUGCUGGUCGUGUCAGCAGCAUUGUAGCUCCUGGGGGUGCCCUGAGGGAGGCUCAUGGGGGACCCCUUCCCUCCGGCCCCUCUCUGACAGGCCGCCGGCCAGACAUCAUCUCCCUGGACUGAGCGCCCAGGGCCGAGGUGCCAGUACCGCCUCCCUGAAGGGACCCAGUGCUCACUCCCAGGGGCUCAGCGUGGGCCAGAGAGACCCUCCUGGCAAGGCUGGCAACAAAGGGUUAAUAUUUAACCCCUGCUAAGUAACCCUGGGGUGUGUUUUGGGGACUGUUCGUGGCUGGCUGCACCCUCCCUGGGGGUGUUCAUCCAGGUUGUGGAGGCAGAGGAGGCGAGGAGGAGGCUGAGCCUUCAGCCUGGCCUGGAAGGCUCAGGGUCGGGAAGGAACUUUCUUCCGCAACUCAUCCACGGUGCUGCCCUUUCCCGUGGUCAUGGUGCCACGUGCUCUGCGUGUCCCAACCCACUCUUGGCCCUCAGGUGAGAGAAGGGACCCACGUGGACAGAGAACUCUAUUUUGGGCUGCAGUUUUUGUACAUAAACAAGAAAAACCAAAUACUCCAAAGAUGACUACCCGCUGCCUCUGCCUUCCCAGCGUGACUGAGGAGGGGAGAGGAAGCAGGGCCUGGCCACUCCCUGGGUCUCUAUUUAUAUAUUUAAAUUCAUGAUGCUCUUCACACCGGUCAGCCUGAGUCCCAGCUUCUGGAGCUUGUGGCCCUGCAGGUGGCCAGGCUCGAUCUGCACCUUCCUGGGGCUGGAGCCAGGACCCCGCGGCCCCCCCUCCCCUGUCUCUGUUUCCAGGCUCCUCCAGAGCCUCAGAUCUAUGUUGUAAUUUUUACUUUUCAUUCCCAAAGUUGUAGCAAAGUCUUUACCCACAAUAAAAGUUGUGAAUGUUG